UCAUCCCCCACACACCUUCUCCAACCCUAGCUGCCGCCGCCUGGACAACCGCCGUCGACGACCUGCUUCCUCGACCACGACGACCAGGAUUUGGGUCCUCAUUGAGUACUUCGAACCCGAUCUGCUUCGUCGUCGACAAGGAUACGCCACAGCAGCUCUACUUCCCCUUUGACGACCUCGAUGGUGGCAACUAGGGGGCAGCGCAGUAAGCAACCUUCACAGGAAGAAGAAGCACAACCUACAAUAACCGAUUAUGAGAGAAGCCGGGAAAGACGUGUGGCGGCAAAUUUAAAGAAGAUGCAAGAAUUGCGGCUGCACACUCUACGUGCUGAUUUAAAUAAUUCUUUACCACAACCUGAAUCAUCAAAGGGGAAAAAAUCAGCAAACAAGAAAACCAAUAGUUCAGAUUCAGAUUCAUCAGAGUAUCUCCUUGACGAUGAUGAUCAAGGAGAUAGUGAUGAUGAUGACACUGAAACUGAUGAGCAGCCACCACCCCUGGCAAUUAAGUAUCCUACAAGUGUUAAAAGGAAAAUCCUUGCUUCCAAGAAGAAGAAAAAUCCCAACAUGGCUCCAGGAAGUAGGAGCAAGAGGGUGAGGGCAUCUGACCAAUCAGAGGUGCUGACUUCUAGAGCGCAAACAAGAUCAUCAAAAAGGGUCCAAACUGCAGAGAGAGAUGGGGAAAAUGUACAGGAACCUACAAAUGCUCAGUAUGACAUACCAGAUAGCUCUACUACACCUGGACCUGCAGAUCAUGACAGGACACCAGGGCUUGCUGAUCAUGAGAGGACAACACAUGUAGAGGAAGACAAUGGAGCAGUUGGUCUUGACAGUACAGCUGCUGGUCUUGACAGUAUAGCUGCUGGUCUUGAUAGUACUGCUGCUGAUGAAGACAAUGUAGCUCAAGAUGAUGGCAUUGAAGGCAAGUUACAGUUUUUGUGUCAGUCAAUAUGA